AUGAUUCAAGAGCUCAUUGACACAUCAAUUUCUGAUCAAUAUAAUUUUCAACAACUGGUGCCGACAUUAAAGGAAAGUCUUGAUGCGAUUCCAAAACAAAUAUCAACUCCAAAAUACAAUGAUAAAUUCAACAAAUUAUGUUUCAUUCCUCCAAUUCCGUCAAAUUUUACAAGUGGAAAACGAAAGGAAAUUCAUAAAGUCAACAAAACUUGUGUUCAGCUCGCUUUGAAGAAAUCCAUUUGUGGACUAACAAGACUGACAGAUUAUACGGAUAUAAGUGAAUCGUCGUUAACAAUGUUUGCUGAUUCUGUUGAUCAUUUCUUUAAGUCUCUUAUGGAAUCAAUAGUCACAAUUCUUUCAAACGAUGAUCGUGAAACUGAGACUGAUGUUGAUCUGAUGACAUUUGAACGAGCAUACUUUGCUUUGACUGGAGAAUCUUCAACCUGCUUCUUCAAUUAUUUCAAAAAAGAAAUUUUCGACAAACAUCAACAAACUGUUGGAAAUUUUACACAAAAAGUAUCCGAACUAAGGAAUAUCGUUGAAAGUCAUCAAUCGAUGAUGAAUGAAAUUCACCAACCUGAUUUCUAUCAAGGAUUCUUCGUCAAAGAAGAAGUGAAACAAGAAUUUGAUGAUUAUGAAACAUAA